AUGGGCCAGACGCCGCCCACGACUCCGUUCCCGGCUAAAGAGGCUUCAGACCUCCUGAUCAAACACUGGCAAGAUGGAACGACAUUCAAAGGUCUGCCGACGCGCUUGAAACCUCUCACCAUCGCCCAAGGCUUCGAGAUUCAGGAGCACGUUCUUCGCCUGACGUCGUCGCCCUUGUGGGGCUGGAAGAUCGCGGCCACGUCUCUUGCGGGUCAGAAGCACAUCAACGUCGACCGGCCAUUAGCCGGUCGAAUACUGAAGGAACGGGUGACACCAUAUGGCGAGAAGGUGUCUUUGGGCGCCAAUCGCAUGACCGUUGCCGAGCUGGAGUUUGCGUUUCGGGUUGGCCGGGACAUCGUGCCCAGGUCUAGCGGGCAGUGGCAAGUGGAUGAAGUCAUGGACAUGGUUGACGGGUUGUUUCUGGGCAGCGAGAUGCCUGAUUCGCGCUAUGAGGAUUUCACUAGUGUGGGAGCGGCUUCCCUGCUCGCGGAUAACGCGUGUGGAGAUCGGUAUGUUCUGGGGCCUGAAGUCAAGGAUUGGAGAGCACGAGACUUGGUGUCGCAUGUAGUGAAAGGUUGGCUUGGAGGUCGAGAGGGUGAAGUCACUGAAGGAAAAGGUGGCAAUGUUCUGGGAGAUCCAAAGGUUGCGAUGACUUGGAUUGCGAAUGAGCUAGGGAAUUUUGGGGUCACUAUUAGGAAAGGGGAAUACGUUACGACGGGGACUUGUAUAGUUCCUAUCACAGUUAGACCUGGUGAUAAGGUAAUUGGGGACUAUGCGGAUCUUGGUAGGUUAGAGAUCGAGUUUGUAGAGUAG